ACGCCGAUCAGCUGAAGGCUGUCAAAAGGGAUUACACUUUGUUUAGCGUUUGUUUUGGUCGUCCCUAUUUCAGCGGGUGAAGUGGUAUUGUUUUCCUUUGGUGGUAGUGGUGGUGGUCGUGGUAAUGGUCUUGGCGAUGAUAACAGUGUACAGCGCAAAAAUAUUACCACCAGCAACAGUAUCGCCAGCCUCCUCCGCGAAGGGUUGUUUUUAUUAGCGCACUAUCUCGCGCUGCGUCGUUCUGCAAAUGUGAAGGAAUGCGUAAGUUUGCUGCAGCUUCUAUUCAGUGUUGCAAUAACUGCAUCGAGGGACAAACGGCUUACCCUAUCUCCAGCCAAGAUCGGAUUAGUCGUAAAACUGUUCAAUAGUUGCGGAGCUAAACAGUACUAACCCCCACUUUUACUGUACUCGCUGGUGCUUCAACUCGCGUUAUUGGAAAAGUUCUUUGUGCUCGAUAGCGGAAGGAAGGAAGUUCACUCGGUAGGCGCGUUUUGUCGUACAGUCGAAGUGGAAGAUCUUCUGUGGACAAAGGCAACACUUGAUGUAGUACGGCCGGACCGAAAAUGGACGAAAGAGAGGCAACGGAUGAUCGGCUUCCGGUGGUUGACCUUGGGCCAGAACCAACCCAACCGCCCAGGCUGGAGCGAAAGUAUCGAUAUUUAAUCCUGGAACCCGCCGUACUGCUGAUAUUCUUCGCCUGGAACGUUUCCUCUGCUGUUUUCGCUAACCAAAUCGUAUACCAGACCUGUACUGGCGCGUUCGGGAAGAACAAAUCGCUCUGCGAUCAGCUGGGCACGGAAAAUGAAACGGAAGAGAUCCAACAGCUGGAAAAAGCGAUCCAACCGUACUCGGCCAACAUCCUGAUGGCAAAAUCGCUGGUCGAAUCGAUCAUCCCGGCACUGGGCAGCAUGUUCAUCGGUCCGUGGUCGGACAGGUACGGCCGCAAGCCGGUGAUAGUGUCGUGCUUUACGGGUGCCUUUUUAACGUACGCGAUCGUGGCAUUGAUCAGCCUCCUGUCCAUGUACUACACCAUCAACCCGUGGUACUAUGUGCUUGCCUCGAUCACUACGGCGCUGUCCGGUGGUACCUGUGCGCUGAUUACGGGUGUAUUCUGCUACAUUGCCGAUGUGACGGUGGAGAAAACUCGCGCGACCAAAAUGGCUAUCGUGGAGGCUGCCGUAUUUACCGGGCUGCUGGCGGGUACGCUAAGCAGCAGCUACAUACUUCGCUGGACGAACGGUACGACCGUGUUUGCGAUCGCAGCCGGGGCCGUGUUUCUUGGCCUGAUGUAUAUAAUAUUCUACAUCGAGGAGAGCAUCAAACCGAACGAGCUGAGCGAAACGAACAACAGGGCGCGGGAGCUGUUCCGGCUCGAUUUGGUGUCGGAGUUGAUGCAGACUUGCUUUAAACGGCGCCCGAACUACGAUCGUUUGAUCAUUUGGUUGGUAAUAUUAGCCCUUGCGGCCAACAUCUUCGCGAUGGAUGGCUCCCAAACGGUGUUUCUGCUGUUUCUGCGGGAGCGUUUCGAGUGGACGGUAAAGGAUUACUCGUACUACGAUGCGUCGGCUAUCGUAUUUAUGAUUAUUGGCAACACGGCGGGCCUGUACGUCAUUCGCAAGCUGUUCAACCCGUCCGUCACUGUGCUGGCCGCCCUCGGGUAUUGCUGCUACGCGAUCAACAGCACCAUUCAAGCGCUGGCCUCAGAACCAUGGCAUUUGUACAUGGGCACAGCGAUUUGCUUUAUGAAAGGCAUUGCGGGACCGAUGAGCAGAGCCGUUAUCUCAAACACGGCACCGCCCAAUGAUAUUGGUAAGAUUUUCUCUCUGACAACGUCGAUUGAAUCGAUCACGCCGCUGUUCUCGGCCCCGCUGUACACGUUCGUGUACAAGAGUACCCUCGCUUGGUACCCGGGCGCAUUUAACCUAAUCACUGCCACCGUAUACUUCACCUGCGCGUGCCUUAUGAUAUUUGCCAAGAUUUUCCAAAGUAUGUAUCAAACGACUACAUACACGUCAAUCAAUUAAGUAAGCACAAAUGGGGACCUUUUAUUUACACCAUUAACAAUUUCUAACACACUCAUGGGAUGUUGGUACCACUAUCUUGAUUCUCUAAAGAUAUUUAGAAUGUGAUAAAUAAAUUAUUUUAAUACAGCAAA